CUUCCCUUUUCUUAUCUUAAAUGAUCUAUUUUUAAUGGUUUAUCAUUUCAGUUGUAUGCUUAUCUUUUAUGGGUUUGUUUCUGUUGUUUUUUUUCUUUAUGUUUUUGUCCAUAAUUCUGUUACAAAUUGAUCUGGUUAACUUCUUACAUGGAGGGUUGUACCACUAUCAAAAUGUUGUGAAGAAAAAUUAUAACUUUGAUUGAGUACUCCUUAAUUAUAUGUUAUGAACUCAUGGUUAAUUAUUCUGAUGAUUUACCCAGAUUUCGUAGAUUUGGACAAAAGUUGGCUUACUACCUGUUCUUUUGGACUUAUUUUCAAUUCAGUUAAUUUCAGUUCAGUUAAUUUCAGUUUAGUUCAAUUUCUAUUUGCAAUUCAGUUUCUCUCGGUUCAGUUAAUUUCAGUUCAGUUCAGUUUCUCUCAGUCUAAAAGAACGGGGCCUACGUAUCAUUGUUAGCAUAAAAUCUUAAAAAAAAGAAGAGUAAUAGGUAUGUAUACAAUCUCAAUGCAGGGAGCUUCUACGCUUCUUACAGGGAAUUUUGCUCAAUUUUGCAGGGAGAAAGAUAAUUUAGUUGCUGAUGCUCUAGCUAAAUGUGCAAAAAUUUCAUUUUUAUAGGAAAUUUUGGAUUGUUAUCAAUUUGGGAUGACUCUUAAUUUGUAUUAUGUGAAGAAUUUGAGCUCCAGGAAGGAAAGAAAGGAGGGCUGAUGGCGGCUGCGGAAGAGCUAGAUAUAGUGAUUGUUGGUGGAGGAAUUUGCGGCUUAGCUACAGCUCUAGGUCUACACAGGAAAGGUAUUCAGAGUGUUGUGCUGGAGAGGUCCGAUACACUUCGAGCAACAGGAGCUGCUAUCACUGUAUUCCCUAAUGGCUGGCGUGCCCUCCACCAGCUUGGUCUCGACUCCACUCUUCUAUCAACUGCUAUUCCAUGGCAAAGGGCAGUUGAUAUUUCGCCUGAGGGUGUGGCACAUGAAAUUCGUCUAAGUGAAGAGGAUACUCGUUGCUUGAGGAGAGGUGAUCUCGUUGAAGCAUUAGCCAAUGCGCUACCGCUGCAGACAAUACGUUUUGGCUGUCAAGUUGUAUCUGUGAAUGUGGAAAAAUCAAGUUCAUGUGCAGUUCUUCAACUUCAUGAUGGGAGCUUAAUCAAGGCUAAGGUUUUGAUUGGCUGUGAUGGAUUGAACUCAGUCAUUGCAAAUUACAUUGGCUUAAAGCCUACUCGGUUUCUUUCCACAUGUUCAGUCAGAGGCCUGACUCUAUAUCCAAAUGGUCAUGGAUAUGCUCCUAAGUCCUUGAGAGUAAGAAAAGAUAAGCAUUAUGUUGGCAGAAUCCCGAUUGAUGAAAAGACAGUUUACUGGUUUGUCGCUCUAGAGUGGAUUCAAAAAGUAGAUGCUAAGAUGCCAAAAGAUCCUGCGUCCAUCAGGCAGCUGGCCUUAGACAGAACAGCUGGUUUCUCGAAGGAUAUUGUGGAGAUGAUAGAGAACAGCGAUUUAAGCUCUUUAUCACUCACACGAUUGAGAUAUCGUGCCCCAUGGAAUUUACUAUCUAGAAGCUUGCGCAGAGAAACUAUAACAGUAGCCGGGGAUGCUUGGCAUGCUAUGGGUCCUUUUCUUGGGCAGGGCGGGUCUGUUGCACUAGAAGAUGCAGUUGUUCUUGCUAGAUGCUUAUCAAAGAAGAUAUGUAAUGCUAAUAUGAACAGGAGUAGAAUGCAUUUGUCAACACAGAUGGCUAAGGAUGCUCUGGAUGAAUAUUUGAAGGAAAGGAGGCGGCGAGUGGUGCUCUUAUCAACCUUAACUUACCUAACAGGUUUAUUGACAAUUGAAGAUCUUUCUCUGCUGUUAAGACUCCUGUGUAUCAUAAUCUUUGCUGUUGUUUUUCGAGAUCGACUGAAUCACACUCGAUAUGAUUGUGGUGAACUCUAAGCUCAUUUUCUUGAAGACUAGCUUUGUGCUUUUAGUAUUGCUACUGUACUUGUAUAAUUUCUGUAUUCUUUGUAUUGGAUGCAAUGCACUUCUUUGUAAAUGCUGUAUAUUUGUGAUUUUAAUUAGUAAUUGUUAUGUUGUCAUUUCA